AUGGCCGCCCCGAUCGUCCCGGAGACACAGUCCGUCCGCACUGCAAGCUCUGAGAUCACCCGCUUCUUCCGACAUGUCAAGUACGAAAACCUGGCGGCCGGCCUGAGCGGAGGAGUCAUCUCCACCCUGGUGCUGCACCCGCUGGACCUGGUCAAGAUCCGAUUCGCAGUCAGCGAUGGAUUGGAGCUCCGACCCAAAUACAACGGCAUACUGCACUGCAUGUCCACUGUGUGGAAACAGGAAGGUGUACGCGGCCUCUAUCAGGGGGUGACCCCUAAUAUGUGGGGAGCCGGGGCCUCUUGGGGCCUUUACUUUUUCAUCUAUGGUGCAAUCAAAGCAUACAAAAAGGAGGGGAGAGCCGAAGACUUGACUGCUACCGAGCACCUCCUGUCAGCAGCUGGAGCAGGUGCCCUAACUCUGUGUUUUACAAACCCAAUAUGGGUUACCAAGACUCGCCUUGUCCUUCAGUAUGAUGCUGGAGCUGACCCAUCCAAACGCCAGUACAGAGGCAUGUUCCAAGCCCUGGCCAAAAUAUACAGGCAAGAAGGAAUCCCUGGACUUUACAAGGGGUUUGUGCCUGGCCUUUUUGGAACGUCACAUGGCGCCCUUCAAUUUAUGGCAUAUGAAGAACUGAAACUGGAAUAUAAUAAGCACCUUAAUCGCCCCAGUGAUACAAAAUUGAAUACUAUGGAGUACAUCACAAUGGCGGCCUUGUCGAAGAUUUUUGCAGUGUUAGCUACUUACCCCUACCAAGUUGUUCGAGCGCGUCUUCAAGAUCAGCAUAACCGUUAUUCUGGGGUCACAGACGUAAUUAGAAGGACAUGGAGGAGAGAAGGCAUUCAAGGCUUCUAUAAAGGCAUGGUCCCCAAUGUGAUUCGAGUCACUCCCGCGUGCUGUAUCACUUUUGUAGUCUAUGAGAAUGUCUCACAUUUCCUACUAAAUCUGCGGAAAGAUCAGCAAUAA